ACUGCCGUGGUGUGAUUUCACAAAAGACUUUUUCUGCGUUGAACAGGAGUCGUCAUUAACUGGCUUAUCUGCAUUUCUCGAGUCAGCUUGUGACCAGACACAAAGACCUCUGACCCCUGGCCCGGGCCGACAGCCAAACGCAGCCCUCGCACAGAUGUGUGUAUUGUCCAGCGCGCAGCGGUGCCUACGAGCUCUUUCAGCUAAUGACGUGUGUGAGUGGGUGUGUGUGUGUAAGUGCAUGUGUUCACAAUACUGUAGAUUUCAUCCCUUCACAUUCUCAUAAACACACGUUACUGGACCAGAGAUACUGCAAUUCUCAAAACUAUCACUAGCUGUGAUAGUGUGCAUUAGAGCAAGUGAGUUAUGCGUUUAUAUCCUGUUCUGCUGAGCAAAGGUCACCUUUCAAGACAGCAGUGCUGCUUUGUAUUUGUCUUGUUGCACUUUUUAAGACGCAUAUGUGUUCAGAUUGCAAUAUUUGCAAGCAAACAGCAGUUCCCAGAGAUGCAUUGGUGCAGGUGGGCAGGCGGCUGGACGUCUCACUUUCACACACAGUCCACAGGGCAAGAGGAUGAAGAUCGCUGUGACUUUCUGUUCAAGAUCAUCCUGAUCGGCGACAGCAACGUGGGAAAGACUUGCGUGAUCCACAGCUUCAAGUCUGGGGUGUUCAGUGACAACCAGCACAACACUAUUGGAGUGGACUUCACCGUUCGCAGCAUGGACAUCGAUGGGAAGAAAGUAAAGAUGCAGGUCUGGGACACGGCGGGACAGGAGCGUUUCCGCACCAUCACACAGAGUUACUACCGAAGCGCCCACGGUGCCAUGAUCGCGUACGACCUGACCCGGCGACCCACCUUUGAGUCUCUGCCGCACUGGAUACAAGGAGUGGAGCAGUACGGAGCCGCCAACGUCGUCUUCGUUCUGAUAGGAAAUAAGUGUGACCUGGAGGCGCAGCGGCAGGUGCUGUUUGAGGACGCGUGCACGCUGGCGGAGCGGACCGGGGCGCUGGCCGCACUCGAGACCUCCGCAAAACAGUAUCGUAACAUCGAGGAAGCCUUCGAACUGAUGGCCCGCGAACUCAUAGUACGACACGGAGGAACAGUCCAUCAGGACAACCAAUCAGAUUUACCCACAGUUUUCUUGCACAUGGAUUCUCAUUCAAUAGAUGGAGAACAUAAGAAGAGGUCAUGUGACUGCUGACUUUAUUAGGUGGACUAAGAUGAUAAAUACAGUGGGAUAUGACAAAAAUAAAUCAGACAUCUCAGAAAAUGUAGUUGCAUUUAAUGAACGAACUCUGUAAACUUACACAAGUAUGAUAUUAUGUUUUUCUUGUUCUGUGACAUUUAUUUUGCAGUAGGUUGUGUACAGUACAAUAAAAUGCAAAAACAU